CGGAUGUUGACAAAUUUCAUGUCACUGUUCUUAGAAGGUCGUUUGUUUGUGUGAAGAUUUCUUAUCUGGGAUCUCUCUCUAAGCAAAUUCUUCUUUUAAUUUUUUUUUUCUCUUUCUCUCUCUAAAAAAAUAAAGCUCUAUUCUUCUUUAUGCGAGAGAGAAAGAGGAACAGGAGUGGCCCAGCAGAUCGAAAUCGACGAUCUAAGCUUCUUCAAUGUUGUUGCAGCAACACCCACUUCGUUGUUUCUCCCACAAUUAAACAAUCCAUGGUGGAUUCUUGAGAACAGGUGAAGAGAGGAUGUGGGUCUAAGGGAUGGGAACCAAAGUUCAGAGUCUGCCAGGGCAUUACUCAAUGAGAGAUCUUAAUGAGGAAUCCAGCAGUUGUGGCUGGCCCCUAUAUUAUGGAGAUAAAACAGUGGCCAAUGGGCAGUAUUAUCAUAAUUAUCUGUCGAGUGCUGCCGCAGAUGUAUGUUCAACACAUGAUAAGGAUGUUGUGAAGAAGACGAUGCUUGAUCAUGAGGCCAUAUUUAAGAAUCAGGUCUUUGAACUUCACCGCUUAUACAGAAUACAAAGGGAUUUGAUGGAUGAAGUUAAAAUGAAAGAUUUACACAGAAACCAAAUAUCUGUUGAGACACCAUUUUCCACAGGUCCCUUGGCAUCUCAGAUAACAUCUGAAGAUGGUAAAAAAUGGCACAUUUCUGGAUUUCCAAUAGUAGCAAGUUCUACUUGUGAUAGACCAUCUAUUUCAGGCAUUGAGGGCAUUCAUUCUCCUUUGAGUUCUAAUAAAGGAAUCAGUAAGCAAGCUGGUCUUUUCCCAUCCCCAAAUGGGAGCAGCUCGAAAGAUGUUGAGAUACUAGGGUUCAGACCCUCAAAGGUGAGGAGAAAAAUGUUUGACCUUCACCUCCCUGCUGAUGAGUACAUUGACACUGAGGAAAAUGAAAAUCCUGGUGAUGAAAAGAUACGUGGAACAACACAAUUUCUUUCUGAUAUAAAUUGUAAACCCGACAAGGGAGGUGAUGUGAAGCUUUUUUGUGGUAAUGGUGGGAAGACUAGCAGCCAGGAAGAUAUUUCAAGACCUGAGCAGUCUUUAAGAAGCGGAAAUGGUUUGGCAGACUUAAAUGAACCUGUUCAUGUGGAAGAAACAAAUGAUGUUGCAUAUGUUCCAAAUCAGAACCAUAAUCCCUAUCAAGGGGCAACUGAAUGCUCUGAUCUAUCCUCCAAACAUAAGUCAAGGUUCUUUGGUUUGUCCAAGGAAGAUUUACUGAACUCACAUCAUGGAACUGACAGUUGGGCUCGAAAUAAUGGAUAUUUGGAGAAUGACAGGAGUGGAAAAAUGUGGAUUUCUUCAAUAGAGUCAGGGCAAGCUAAAAGCAAUCUGAAACCCUUUCCUCAAGUCCUCAAACAUGAGCAAUCACUUUUAUCUUCCCAAACAAUGCAAGAUGCACUCGGUAAAGUUCAUGAGCCUACAUCCAAUUAUCUAACUAAUCGAAGCAGGGCUGAUUUGUUGAGGGAAAAGACAGCUAGUGGUUUAGAUAUCAGCGAAAGAGAUGAAUAUUCUGCUAAUAAACAUCCAGAGUCUGUUGUAUCAUCACAUAGGCAUGGUCUCUUUGCAAUUGCUCCUUCCUCAGAUUUAGCUAGGUCUUGGUCUCACUCAUCUUGGGAAAUGGCAAGUAGUAGCCUAAACCAGAAGUUGACAUCUGUACAGACACCUCCAUCUCCAUGUCUAAAUGCAUCUGGUGUCUUGAGUAGGAGUUCCCAGUCACAUCAAAGUAAUAGGAUUUUGGGAGAUUGUUGGCCUAUAAAUAUCAAUUCGAAGCUUAAUCCCAGUUUUCGAUGCGAGGCAUCUGGGAAAAAUGGAUUUUACGCUGGGACUUCAUCUGGAUCCAAGGAGCUGUCAAUGAACAUAUCUUCAAUUAGCUAUCUUAGCCCUGAUAAUGAUUGCAAGAGAUUUCCUGAGUACUUCAACAAUGGUUCAGCAAACUGCUACAAGAGUUCAAAUUUGAAUUCAAAUUGCAAUGACAUGAAGUCUGCAAAAGAUAUUAACUUGAAUGAGAUACUUUCAAAUGGUUCACCCAGCAACUUAGUUUCCCAGUCAAGUCUUGGAAUCAUGGAUGGAGAACAGAAGCACGAGGAGCAGCUUGCACUGUUGCCUUGGCUUAGAGCCAAGACAACAUGUAAGAACGAGGCACAAAAUGCUAGUAGAAGCUUAAAUGCCGGAGGUUUAAAUGUUUUCCAAGUUGCUUCUUUAUCUAACAAAGAUGAAACUGGAAAGGUGUCUAAUGGAAAAUUUAUGCACAGUGCAACUCCAGGUUUGUGUUCAAGUGAUAUUGAGCCAAGGAGGACAGAAGUUAGUGAGAGCUCUGGUAAAAGGAAAAUUCUUGGUGUUCCUAUAUUUGACAUACCUCAUAUUUCUGCUAAGGAGUCAUCUUCAUUGACCUCUCCGUCUGUGUCAGUUCCUAAUCCAUCUGACGUAGAAUUAGUGGAAAAUAAUCAGAAAAAACAGAUCCUUGAUAUUAACUUGCCUUGUGAUGCUACUGUUCCUGAUUUGGAGGAACAAGCUGUCACUGAAAUUAUUGUUUGUGAGACAGGAUCAUCUACAAUAAAAGCCAACUCUAGAAAUCAGAUUGACCUGAACUUGAGUAUGAGCGAGGAUGAAACAUUUCUGACAACUACUCAUGCGACCUACUUAGAAACAAAGGCAGGAAUAGAUCUUGAAGCCCCUGCUGUUCCUGAGAUAGAGGAGGAUGCCAUUCCUGAAGAAAAGAAGCUUGAAAGUCCUUCAGUAUCACCACUAGGCUCACAAGACACAGUUGAAAAGUUGCAGAAUGAACUUAUGAGGCAUGCAGCAGAGGCAAUUGUUGUUUUGUCAUCUUGCUGCCAGAAAGUGGAUGAUAUGAUCAGCUGCCCAUCAGAAAGCACGGUGGUGGAUCCUCUAAGUUGGUUUGCAGAUAUAGUUUCCUCAGGUGUGGAUGAUCCGCAGAAGCAGACUGAUAAUUUAGGGGAAAAAGAUGGUGACAAUAAUGAGGAAUCUUCCCCAGAAGGAAUGGAUUACUUUGAAUCAAUGACAUUGAAACUGACAGAGACAAAGGAAGAAGACUACAUGCCCCAGCCCCUUGUUCCAGAAAACUUCAAAGUGGAAGAAACUGGAACAACUUCUUUACCUCCUCGGACACGAAAGGGGCCAGCUAGGAGAGGGAGGCAGCGGAGGGACUUCCAAAGGGACAUCCUUCCAGGCCUUGCAUCUCUAUCAAGGCAUGAAGUAACAGAAGAUCUCCAAACGUUUGGAGGGCUUAUGAGAGCAACAGGUCAUGCAUGGACAGGAUUAAACAGGAGAAGCUCUUCUAGGAAUGGGUGUGGCAGAGGUAGGAGGCGAUCGCAACCACAGGUUACCCCGUCUCCCCCUCCUCCGGUGGCAACCACUGAAACAAGCACCCCACUUAUUCAACAGCUCAAUAGCAUUGAAGUGGGAUUGGAGGAUAGAAGCCUGACAGGCUGGGGCAAGACACCUAGAAGGCCCCGUAGACAAAGGUGUCCCGCAGGUAAUCCUCCAUCAAUCCGGUUAAUCUGAUCACUGAAAGAGGCUUAAAUUUAUAGAUGAGAAUUUAUAGAGGGUAAGCAAAAAGCAGGUCCAUUUCAAAAUUGGUGGAACACAUGAUGUUCAAUCUCAAGCAUGGGGAUUUCUCUUGUAAAUUUCUUCAAACCCGAAUUUGGGUAUAUGUUUGAUUUUCAUUUAGUCUUUGGUGGAUACCAACUUCAAUAAUGUCGCAUGAUUUCUUCUUGGUUGUCUCGUUUAAGAACUGUUGAGAGGAGAUAUAUACCAGUUUGUGCACCUCAGUGUCUUGGAUUUAUACUAGUGAUUUUUUAGUUACAUUGCAUAUUAGGCUGCAUGCUUAAAUGAAUUGGACCUCCAUCAAAUAGUGCUUUUAGCUUAUGACAUGGUCGUAGAUUUAUUUUGUUGUCGA